UCUGCUUCCGCCGCCGCUGCCGCCGCCAGCCCCUGCGCGUUCCGCGGGGGAGGAGUCGGAGGCGGAGAAGAAGGCGGUGGUGGCGGGUGGAGGAUCGAGCGCUGUUCUCGCUCCGGAGCCGCUGCACAUUCGGGACCUCCUGCAGCUUACUGUAGUGUGAGUAAAAACAAAAUCACAUCCAGAAAUCACUGAACUGGGCACACACAAACUGCCGCACAUGUCGCUAUAUGCUGAAAAAGAGCCAGCAGCAAUGGAUCAAGAAUCCAACAAGGCUGCUUGGCCUAAACCAGCAGGAGGCUAUCAGACAAUUACAGGCAGGAGAUACGGAAGAAGGCAUGCGUAUGUCAGUUUUAAACCGUGUAUGACCAGGCAUGAAAGAAGUUUAGGUCGGGCUGGUGAUGACUAUGAAGUGUUGGAACUAGAUGAUGUUCCAAAGGAAAACUCCUCAGGUUCCAGUCCAUUGGAUCAAGUUCAUUCUUCUUUACCCAACGAAUCUUUAUUUAAAAAAAGUGAAACAGAAAUUCCCACUUGUGGUACAGCGUUGAAUCAAACCAUUGAGAGCAGCCCAUCCUGUGCUGCAGUACAUCACAGUGAGGGAGGCAGGGAGCCCUUAGGAAGCAUUACAGAUCUUCAUAAUCGCUCUGAGGGAGAAUGUCCUCCAGGAGCUUGUAAUGCUUCAGGUGUCCAGAAUGGAAAUGCAGUGGUUCUUACUGACUCUUACGACCCAGAUGCCAAACAUGGAGAGGAUAAUGAGCAUCUUCAGCUUUCUACAGAAGUUGCGGAAGGUGGUAGAUAUCAGGAAGUGUUGGGCAAUACAGUGUUUGAGUUGGAAAAUGGAGUAGAGGCAUAUACAGGUAUUUCACCACCAAUUCCCUCUCUUAACUGUGAAAUAAGAGAAGAGUUUGAAGAGUUAGAUUCAGCACCUUUAGUGAAAAGUUCUAGUGGUGAUAUUGAGUUUGUCCAUCAAAAUAACCAGAAAUUUCAGACCUCCUCUUCUGAAGAUGAAGUUGUUGGGAAGAAACAGCAAAAUAAUAUUAGCCAGGAAAGGCAGAGAGAAAAUUCACCUGCAGAUUCAGCCUGGGCUUCAGGGCAUAUUUGUAGUGAACAAAAUACCAGUGAUAGGGAAAACAACCAGGAAAGGCCUCCUGAACAGGUAGUGAGGCCAAAAGUUAGAAAACUGGUAAGUUCAAGCCAGGUGGACCAAGAAACAGGUUUUAAUAGACAUGAGGCUAAACAAAGAAGUGUUCAGAGGUGGAAGGAGGCUUUGGAAGUUGAGGAAAGCAGCUCAGAUGAUCUCUUAAUAAAAUGUGAAGAGUACCAUGGAGAGCAUGACUGUAUGUUCUUGGAUCCACCUUUUGGAGGAGUUAUACAAAUAGAAGCAGACGAUAACGAAAUAAUACCAGAAAAUGGAGCCACAGCAAGAAGGCAAGAAGUUGUGGAUAGCACCUUUUGGAAUGGCUGUGGAGAUUAUUACCAACUCUAUGACAAAGAUGAAGAUAGCUCAGAAUGCAGUGAUGGGGAAUGGUCUGCUUCUUUGCCUCAUCGGUUUUCCGGUACAGAGAAAGAUCAGUCCUCAAGUGAUGAAAGCUGGGAGACUCUGCCAGGAAAAGAUGAGAAUGAACCCGAACUACACAGUGAUAGUAGUGGCCCUGAAGAAGAAAACCAAGAAUUAUCUCUUCAGGAAGGGGAACAGACAUCCUUGGAAGAGGGAGAAAUUCCUUGGUUACAGUACAAUGAAGUAAACGAAAGCAGCAGUGAUGAGGGAAAUGAGCCUGCCAAUGAAUUUGCACAACCGGAAGCUUUCAUGUUGGAUGGUAACAAUAACCUUGAGGAUGACUCCAGUGUAAGUGAAGACUUAGAUGUGGACUGGAGCCUGUUUGAUGGAUUUGCAGAUGGACUAGGUGUUGCUGAAGCUAUUUCUUACGUGGACCCGCAGUUCCUCACCUACAUGGCACUAGAAGAACGCUUAGCCCAGGCUAUGGAGACUGCCCUGGCCCAUUUGGAGUCUCUUGCAGUGGAUGUUGAGGUGGCCAAUCCACCAGCCAGUAAGGAAAGCAUCGAUGGUCUUCCAGAGACUCUUGUUCUUGAAGAUCACACUGCUAUUGGUCAGGAGCAGUGCUGUCCGAUCUGUUGCAGUGAGUACAUUAAGGAUGAUAUAGCAACAGAAUUACCCUGUCACCAUUUCUUUCACAAGCCUUGUGUAUCAAUUUGGCUACAGAAGUCAGGAACAUGCCCCGUGUGCCGCCGUCAUUUCCCACCUACGGUGAUCGAAGCCUCAGCGGCUGCUUCCGCUGAACCUGAUGCUGAUUCCCCGCCUUCAAACGACAGCACUGCAGAGGCCUCCUAAGCCGGAACAGCUGAGGAGAGAUCAACCAGGCUAUCCAAGUAGAGCUGGAAAUUCCUUCCAAGUCUGAUGUGCAAAUAAUUAUAUAUAAAUAUAUUUAAAAUGCUAUAUAUAGUAUAUGCCAUAGUUUAGAAAGAGAAUAUUAACCUUUCUAAACUAAAUUUAGGUUUGCGGAAAGUACUAAACAUUUUCAAGCUGAAUGUUGAAACAGUGCAUUUUCUUAAGUUGAAUAUGUUGAUAUUAAUUGUAAAGUCAAGUUUAUCAGCUAACUCUCUUCAGAAGAAAUAAUCACCUUUGUGGCACAGAUAAUUGGUUUUGUCUAAAGUACUGCCACUAAGUGAUUAUGAAUAAGCUCUCCUAUUUGCAUCAAAUGAGAAGACUUUGCAAUCACAACAGUAGUAGAAUUUGGUUUCACUGGAAAUAAAAACAGUCCUAAAGCAUGCUUUUUCAUUAGUCCCUCUGCUCUUGCUACAGUAAAAGCUCUUGGUUCGUAAUACUGAGUGGUUUUUUAGAAAGGAAUCUCUUCUUUCAUCUUAGUUUAAAACUGAGACUUCAGACUGCCAAACAGGCUAAAAUUUUGGCCAGAGCAUCACAGAAUUUUUAAGUCUUAGAUGUAAUUCCCCUGAUGAAAUGGUUAGAUAAUAAAAUAAAUUAUUUAAUAAAUUGGUGAAUGUAACUUAAUGACUAGUGCUAAAAAAAAGGCUAGUAAGGCGUAAGAAGAAUCCGGUAUGCUCAGUGCUUGAUACAGUGAAAUAAAUUAGAUGGCCUGAUGAAAUCAUUCCUAAGCUUUUAUCCAGCCUGUUUCUACUUCAUUAAAAUGAUACUUGAGCCCAGAACACUCAUGGCAUAUUUGUUUAAUAAAUAUCAGAUAGAGUAAGUUUAAGGUAAUUUUUGUUCAUAAGUAUUUUGUAAGGUUUAAAAACAUGCGUAGAAUAUUCAAAUGCUCAUUCUGUUGUAUCGUAAAGGAAAGUCAAAUUCUUAAAAAACGAGAUGGUUGAUCAUACCAACUUGUAUAAAGCAUAAAGUUGAUAGGGUAAAGGACAGAUUUGGCUGCACUUUUACAGCGUAUCUAAACCUUGCUGUGGUGUAAUUUAUACCUUUAAAGUAUUCCUGAACAAGGAUUAUUCAUGUUACAUUACUAGAAUUAUUUCUUUACAGUAGCUUAUUUUGGCAAAAUUAUACAUCUGGACUAAAAUACAACUAGGUAGUUUCAAAUUAAAUCAAAUUAAACCAUGAGUAAAAAGGGAGUAGAUGAUGAGAUGAUUGACUAGUGGCUAAGUGAACAGACCUGAACAUACGACACAGUUCCUUUCUUUUCCUUUUUCUAAAAGAGAAAAGAAGGGUCAGACCUCAGAUUUACCCUGUAAGAGAGUUCUGUUCACAAACUUGUACAAAAGUGAAGAAAUCAGCUUUCCUUAUUUUUUUAGUGGGACAUUUGACCCAGAGGAUCAUCUUUGUAUAAUUAUAUUUGUGUAAUUAUAUAAGUUGCACAGCCUAUUCAAUAGGUGAUCACACACACAAAAGUGGCAUAAUGCUUACCUUACACUCUAGUGUAAGUUAUGAAUACUAGCAAAUGAUGGGUGUUUAGAACAUCCCAUGUGAGCAAGUAAAGUAGCAAGGCACGUAGUGAGUGUACAUCCAUCCAGAUGUUACCGUGGUCAUUUAGUUUGGACGCAGGAAUAUUUAUAUGACUUUCCAAAUGUAGAAUUGCAUUUUAUUUGUGUAAUUCUUCUGAUUAUUUAUAUUUUACCCCUUUUCUCCAUCCUUAAAAAUAAGUGAAUUUUCACCGUUGGCACAGUGGAGGCUUAAAUAUAAGGAACAUAACACUUGCAUUCUAAUUUGUGCAUAUAUUGUAAAUGUGUCUGGUAUUUACAGCAAAAUACUGUGUAUCCUUUUAUGGGUAAAACAAAACCGAACAUUGCAUGCAUGUAACGUGCUGAAUUUGUAAUUUAGGGAUUCUUUGGGGCUUCUGUGACUUUGGAGACGCUUACAUUCAGGCCUUAAUGUUGCAUUAGCUAGCAUGUUUUCCUUCUGAUGUAUAUAGUCACUGUUGUAUAAACUAAUCUUUGCUUGUUUUCUACUUUGUGAUCUUCCCAUACCAUAUUUCAUUGAUGAUCAGUUAGUGUCAAGGAGUCAAAUCAAAUUAAAAUUAAUUCUCAUGUGUAUAUUGUGGAAAUUUGUGGCUAGUGUAAAUUUUUUGUUUGUUUCCUUUCGAGUAAUAUUGAUCAGUUUUGACAGUUAAUGGUUGAACUGGCAUUGCUACUGAUUUCUCUGUUUGUAAUAAGCCACAUAUUAUGUUUAGGCAGUAUUAAGGGACUUUGGUUUUCUUCUAAUAGCAGCUGUCCCAAAGAAAAUAUUUCUUCUUUGCCUGUUAAGAUUUAGCUAUUGUCUGCCAGUUGUUAAAAGGCUUUGGUUCCAAACUCAACCAGUAGUGUUGAGAACUAAACUUAAGAUAGCUGUUGUACUUUUUGCUUUCCAUCUGUUACUGUCCUUCCUUCUUGGCUCCCUAUUAUCUAUAAACAGCUGCUAUGAAGGAGAAAAGUUGAAUAAGAGUUGGCUUAAAUUUUUUUUUUUUUUAAAGGAAAGAAAAUUGAGGUUUUAGGAUUGUUGUGAUAACAAACUGAUAUAAGCUGAAGCUGACAAGUUCAGACACCAAAAUAUAAUUUAUAUCUUGGAUCCUUUUGAAAAAGUAAAGACUAUAUGAAGGUAAAUAAAUUACAGAUAGGUAUGAAUAUUAAUUAAAAUAUGUUUCUCUUAUUUGUUAUAUGUUAAGUGACUUAGCCUAACUUUUUUUUUUAAACAUUUCCUUAUUUCUUGUAAUAUGAGUGCUGAUAUUUAAAGGUAGAUCCAUGUGGACCUUUUUUUUGUGUGUUUCUUAAUCGUUUUAUCUUUAAGCUAACUAACUCUUCAAGAUUAUUUGUGAUCUGGAUUUAUAUAUAAGCUGUUAAAUAUAUAUGAACUGUUAAAAUGGAAUGCAAGUUUUUCAAAAGCCCAGGUCUAAAUGUAACGAUUGGUUUAUUGUUCUACAAUCCUACCCCAUCAUUUUCUGUGUAAGUCAUAAACAAUAAACAGGAUAUACUCAGU